ACUCUGGCGGUUAGGACGAGACAAGAUGGCGGCGCGCAUAAGUUUGUAGCUUUCGCCACCGAAAGCUUCGAAUAGCAUUCAAAUAGUUACACUGAGAGCGUGAGCUACGGAUUUUGUCACUCCGUAAGAAACAUACCAGGUGGUAACCUUGUCGUCCGCUAUUCAAACAAGCAUAGGUGAGACCGGUGAGACCCGUUAAGUACGACAAAUUUAACUCUUCGCCGGAGCCGCUAUGGAUGCAAGCGAAGACGCAGCGGCGGCAGCCCCGUUGCCCGUUCACAUUAAAACCGAGCCUCCCGACGUGCCCGACGGGAGCCUUGAACCCGAGAUCGACCUUCAAGAAGAGUCCAGAAACUACAAUCCGAACGAGGUGUACGUGAAAAAAAACAGCGCCGUGUACAUCACCCACCAGCUCGCCGAGGUACUGGACGACGACGAGCUCCUCCCGGACUGCGGUUCCGAGGAACUCGAGCAGAUCUUCAGCGUCGAGGACACCGCGGACGUGUUCUACAGGCUCUCGCCGCUCCUUAUCUGCCAGAACGCGAGUGACGGAGGCACAGAGUUCAGUUUGAUCGCGCGCUGCGACACCGCCGUUCCCACGCACUUCAUCAAGCGCCUCGUCAAGAAGGCCGCGGGCAUGGUGCCGCUGUCGUGCUUCCUCCGCGCCGUGGACGCCAACGACGUCAUGGUGGUGCGCGUCCGAAGCAUCAAGACGGAAGGCUCACAGCCGCCGGUCUUCGUGGUAACCCACUUGUCGGCCCCCAGGUCCAGCUUUUCGGACCGAGCUGCGGCGACUAGGAAACACCAGCCUGUCGCAGAAAAAAAAGCAUUGUUGUCGCCCGUACAGGACGUCCCGAGGGCGUCCGCUUCGAAAGAGGGCGCGCCGUCCACUUCGCGAGUCGACAAGAGGACCGCCAGACCGAGCAGUGGCGGUUCCCUGGGUGUGGCGAGGGUCCCCUGCGACCCCAAGAACCCCCCACAACUAGAGGUGGCCAAGCAGACCCUCACCAACGGUGUACCCUUUUCUCCGGCGCCGUUGUACCACAUCGCCCACAGACGGCGCUGCUCCAAGAUCCGCCGCAACGCUCAGAGCGUGGCCGCCGCCAACCAGGACCCCACCAAGAUCAACCACACGUGCGGCGAGUGCUUUAAGAAAUUUACCUCCUACAAGGUCUACCUGGUUCACCUUCACUUUCACGUGUAUGGUCGCUUUCGGUGCGAGCAGUGCGCCUUUGCCUGCGACUCGAGGCGCGAGGGCGUGCGCCACAUGGGCCAGCACGACCCGAACCUGCGGCCUCUCCUCUGCGGCAUCUGCGGUGACGACAGCCACCGCAACCUUCACGACUUCCUGGUGCACAGCCUGUCCCACGACGAGCGAUUCCCAAAGAAGACGUCUUGUCGUAUUUGCGGCGUAUCCAUCCACAGGUUCCUCCUCCACAAGCACCUUCUGGCCCACCGCAGCGUGCGCAAGUUCUCGUGCGAGCACUGUGGCCACGCAUACACCACCAAGGCCGCGCUUGAGCGGCACGUGGCCAACGUGCACAACCGCGCCAAGCGCCACGCCUGUGACCUGUGCGGCAAAGCGUACGCACAGAAGUGCUCGCUCGACUACCACGUCCGGACCCACUCGGAGAACCGGCGGCCCUUCCGCUGCGACCUGUGCUCGCGCGCCUUCCCGGCCAAGAUUACGCUGCUCCUGCACAAACGCAAGAAGCACAGCCGGGGCCGGCCGGGCGUCCAGCGGAGGUACCCUGUGGUCUGCAUGUCGUGCGGGGAUGCGUCGGCCAACAUGCUGGAGCUGCAGAUGCACACCUGUCGCAACCGUGUGGGCCCCGCCUUCUCGGGGACGCCAGUGCCGAGGAGCCUGAGGGCCGAGCUGGCCUCUCCGCGGGUGUUGGUCGCUCCUCGGCCGUUGGCCACCCCCGUGGCAAAGGGCGCGGCGGAUGAGACGCUUGCACAGAAGAUGCUCCUCAACUUGAGGUCUGCCAUCGGCAGCGCCAUCGCGAAAAGUGGUGGCAAAUCCUGAUGUGGCGAUGGGGACGGUUUAAGGUUGCGUUCCGACGAGGGGUGUCGACUUUAUACGGCGGGGAUAAUAAAGGACACUUUUGACGCGCA